AGGAAGUAUUCUAGUGGCGUAGUGUUUCUAUAUAGUUUGUGAUCACUACGUUUAAACAUACGGUCAAGUCAAAGAUUAUUGCUGAAAGAUUACCAGCCGUGCACCUAUAUAUAUAUGUUCUGUGAUUGACAUACAAAAUGUCAUAAAAUACAAAAUCCGUACUGGAGGAGUUCCUGGAGAUACAUUCAUUUGUUAAUUUUUGGACCAUACCUUAUAAACUUACAAUUUCAUUUAAUGAACCUGUUAUGUACCUCAAAUCAAAAACACUAAUUUAAAAAUUAAUAAGUACUGCUAACUGACAUAAUACCUGCGUAAAAAAAUAUUUCCAGGGAAUAGGGAAUAUAAAGUUUUUUUUUCGUGGUACCUACAUAAUAACGAUUAUUGUUCUGUGCAUUAUAAUAUAGAAUUUUGAGAGACACUGGAAACAAGAAGAAAAUGAUCUCCAAGCACAUACAGGUGGAUUUUAAAGAUGAUUUACCCGACGGUGAAGUGAUCUUUGAUAUUAAAUAUGAAACGUAUUGGCAGGAAAUGGCUGAAUCUAAACGGGUCGAGUUGGAGUAUGCUUUAGAGGAGAAUGAAAGGCUUUGUAAAUUGAAGGAAAUACUGAUCAAUGAAAAUAUCCACUAUCAGAAGCUUCUAGAAGAGGCUAACAGCUUUGUGGAAGUUUUUAAAGAUUUGGUUCAAGAUUCCCCUGACGAUACAGGCAUUGAUGUUAGAGAUGUCAGUGACUCCAAUGACGAGUAAAAGGUGUCCAGUUUAGAUACUUCAAGUCUGACAUGUGCAUAAUCUGUUAUCUGUCUAUACCUACAUUUGGUUUCAAAUGUUUUGUAAACCGGAAGUAGCAAGUCUCUUCAUAAUGUCUUGUUUUAAUUUAAGGACUUGGUUAAGUAAGUAAGACUUGUAUAAGUUAAAGACAAUGAAUAGUUUUAAAUUUAGUCCUGGUUCUUUACAAGUUCUUUGUUUCAUCAUUAUAACUGCUUUGACGAAAGUUCAUUAGUAAGUACUUAUUAUAAUUAAGAUGUUUCAUUGUUAUAAAUGAACCUGUAUGCAUAAUAAAAAAUAAAUAUCUCCGAAACAGUGUUAUGUUAAUAUUCUCACUCGAUCUUCUUUUUGCCAGUUUCAAGAAAUAAAUGUAGAUUCUUUAAAAAAUCAAAUUUUGACUAUGUACUACUUAAUGUGUUCAUAUUAAUAAAAUAAAAUUAUUUCUACUUGGUCUGGUACCACUUUUAAAUUAUUUUGUUUGUAAAAAUUUUCUGGCACUUGCCUUUACCAUUGAUAUUAUGUUAUUUACUAAGUAUUAUAUUAUAUUCUAAAAAUAAAUUGUC